AUGCCAAGUGCUGUGAUAACGCCACAGAGAAGCCGAAAAGUCGACCAGAUAGUGUUCGAAUCAAAAGAGGCACGAAUCCAGUCCAGCGUGGACUGUGUGGCGGUUCACUUCUGUCUGUCCGAAUCAGCAGAGACCACCGAAUCGGCCACUCUUCUGCGAUCACUGGCUGGCCAGCUAACGAAGCGCUUUCCGAAUCUUGUCCUGCCGAAACUCUCCACUCUCACUCUGCUAGCCGACUAUGACCAUGCCUUGGAGCAGUACUUCACGCUGCCGUUGGCGUCACUGCCUCGUCCUGCCAAACCGUUGUUCAUCCUCAUCGACAACAUACUGCCACAUAUCUACGAUCUAGUGUUAGCGAUCAAUCGCUCCCUUCCAUCAUGGAUGCGACUCGCCGUUACAUCAAGACCCCUUGCUCCGUCUGAUCAGUACAAAUUCGAGAGAUUUCAUGACCUUGUACUGAGCGAAUGUAUUGACGAGCUGGAUCGUUUCAUAGAAGUACGCCUACCUCAGUGUCUUCACUGCGAAGUACUGGAUGCCUGUGAUAGUUCCUGGUUCUUCGUUGACCAAUUGGCACGUGCCAUCGAUGCCGGCAUAAUUCCACCGGAUCGUGUACCGUGUAGUGUGAAGGAUUUGAUGGACGACGUUUGCCUUGCUCUACCUCAACGACUGCCCAUUUACCUUCUACUGAUUAAAGCCUCACGGCAGCCGCCGCCGUUGAGUUUUUUCUACGCCGUCUCGCAGCUGAUCAUACGAGAGAAUGUGCAGAUGAUCGAGCGCGAAAUCAGUGCAAUCAGCAUCGUUUUGCAAAGUACAGAUCCAUUGGUCGUAUGUGGUUCUUGGGCAGAAGUCGAUGGCGAUCUCGCACCGUAUCAUACGGCUUGGGCGGAGUUCUACAAGACGAAACGACGUAAAACACCACAAGAUGUCGUCGAGCUGGCUUAUCACCUUGCCCAUUCAAGUCAGAUGAAUCUUGUAAUUACGAAGAAGAAGGAGGAGGAUGAUUUCAUCUAUUUGUGUUGUACGGGUGAUUUGGAAAAAGUGAUGAAACACAUGACAUCUCAGUCAGAUAUGAGAGCGGCGUCAAUGUCGACGAAGAGGGUAGUGGUGAGCGGACUGCACUUCGUGGGGCAGCUUGAUCGCACCGCUUUGAUGGCUGCGGCUUUUAUGGAUCACUGGGAGAUUGUCGAACUGCUGCUUGAUCACGGAGCUGAAAUCUCUGAAACCGACUCGGCUGGAGCCACAGCACUACAUCUGGCUCUUUCAAACGGUUCAAAGACAGAGGCACACGAUAAAACGGUCCAGACAUUAAUACGGAGAGGAAGUGACCUGACAUUGGCGGAUGCCCACGGAAGAGUUUGCAUCCACCUGGCCGCCUAUCAUGGUGAUCGGAAUCUGAAGUCGUUGUUAGGUGCUACGUGUAUUGAUGUGCAGGAUUCGCUCGGUCGAACUCCGCUAAUGCUUGCAGCAAGUCAAGGACAGUUGGAUGCUGUGGACCUACUCACCAAAAAUGGAGCCUAUAUCGAUUGUAUUGAUUCGGAUGGUCGGACGGCAUUCCAGUUGGCGGCCAUCCAUGGGCAUCUUCCUGUUGUGGAUAUUCUUCUGGCACUCGGAGCUGACGAAGCUCAUAAGGACAACGAUGGCGCCGUCGCGCUACAUUACGCGGUAGCUCACGGCGACGUCACCCUCUGCAAGGCUUUAGCCACUUCGGUUACGGUGCGUGCCACAGAUCGAGCCGGGAAUCAUCCGCUAAUCAACGCUUGUCAAGGCGACAAUGAAGAGGUAGUCCAAGAGCUGAUAAACCUGGGAGCGGAUGUGGAACAGCUAUCGUUGAACGGUCAGAGCGCAUUACGGGUAGCCGCGCUGUCCGGCAACACAAAGAUUGUUCGACUGCUGGCUGAACAUAUUACUGACUGGGAACAGCAGGAUAUGGAUGGAACUCCACUUGUACAUACACUACUAAUUAACAAGCAGACGGCUAUGGCAGAACUACUGCUGACCCUUGGAGCGUUCAUCUCAGCCAGAGACGCGCAUGGACGGACAUGUGCUCAUGUGGUAUGCGCCAUAAACGACAUGUGUGGUGCUCGAAUGCUUCGUCGACUCGCGGCAUCGUUCGAAGCAGUGGAUUCUGGUGGUCGUACCCCGUUACUGACGGCCGUCUGGAAUUGCCAUCUGGAAAUGGCCGCCUAUCUUCUCGAAACUGUCGGCGUUAAUCCGAACGCCGUCGAUGAGCAGGGAGCUUCAGCCUUGUCGGUAGCUGCACAGCAGGGAAAUCGAGAACUGGUAGUGCUGCUACUGCGAAUGGGUGCUGAACCGUCGUUGAAAGAUCUCGCAGGUCGAACGGCAUUGGACGUGGCCACUAUGUAUGGGCACGAUACCAUCAGAGCUGUACUUCAGUCAGCAAGCGGCUCAGCUGACUCGUCGGGAUUUGGCAGUGUGCCGAAUUCGCCGUUGGAUUUCAGGUCGUUGGGCCGAAAGUCGCUGAGGAAAUCGCAAAAACUGGCGGUCACCAGUCCACGACUGCUUAAGAAACCUGUGUAA